AACAAAAAUGGCGUCUACAGUUGCGUCUUCUGAACAGCCUUGGUAUGUUGCUCUUCUUGGCUUGGCAGAAUACUUUAGAACUUCAAAUCCACCUAAUAUAAGAUUGUGCAUUCAUUGUUUACAAUCAAUCUUCAAUUUUAAACCCCCGCCUCAUAUAGAAGCCCGGACACACUUACAACUAGGAAACAUUCUUUUGACACACGCCAAAAACACAGAUAUUGCAAGAACUCAUUUGGAACAAGCGGUAAAUGGUUAAGCUUCUAUUUAAACAACAACAAAAAAAGUGUUACUGUUGCCCUUUAAAAUAAGUUACUGUAUGUUAAUUAUGCACCGAAAGGGUUGCCUGUUAUUUCAUGUUAAAUAAAUGACAUUUAAAUGAAUGAUAUGCUGUGAAUGUGAGUCACAAAUAGUUUGUUUAAGUUUAGUUUAUUUUUUGAAAUUUCAGGCUACCUACUCUCUUAGGUAGGGCUCUAAGACUUCUAGCCACUAUUACUAGUCUGAAUCAUAUGGAACUUAUUGCAAUUUUUUAAAGGCAUUUUGCACAAGUAAUAUAAAACUUAAAAGAAUUCCUUUAAAUUUAAUAUUAAUUAUUCGGCUAAUAUUUAUCAUACCUUCUCAAGUUAUAGUAGGACUACUCAACUCAUCAUUAAUCUAUAAUUAUUAUUAUUUUUCAGUGGACAAUUUCCUCUACAGUAUCCUUGCUUCUUGUUUAAUUAAAAUAAAAUAAACUAUUAAUUCCCCCCCCCCCCCCCCCCACACACUUUUUAACCUUGAAGUAGCGACUGAACUGCUAUGGCUAUACUUCCCUUUGCAUCCUUUUCUCAGGUAGAAAAAUAAUGAGAAUACUUGUAGCAGUAAAUGGCUCUUAUUCUUAUCCUCAUCAAAUACAAAAUUACAAAGUAAUGUAUUAUUGUUGUUGGAUCGCUAAACAUACAAACAAAACUAAAUAAUGUUUAAAUGUGUUAUUCUAUUGUACUCAAUUUUAGAAAGGCAAAUAACUUAUGUUUAUAUACGCAUAGGGUAGCUAUUUAUUUUUAUUAAAUUAAAAUUGUACUAAUUAGUGUGUAGGUUCAAGGCCCCCAUUUUUUUAAACCAGUUUUUAAUACUUUUAUUUCCGUAGCCUAACACAAUAUAGUAGCAUAGGUUAAGAGGGCCAUUCAUAAAUAACAUCACACAUUUUUCAGAUUUGUUCCGGCUCCACCCACUAGCAGAAAAAAAUUAGACCACCUUCAAAUAUAACAUCACAAACUCUGCCCCCCACCCUCCCCUCCCAAUAAAAAUGUCUACAAACCCUUAAAAAAUUCACCUGUCAUGGAUAUCGCAUUACUUCACCUGUGUCAGAAAAAUUCCCUAAAACAGUGGUUCUUAACCAGGGGUCAAAGCAACUCCUGAUGUGCGUAACACUCAGAAAAUUGUAUUAGCUAAGUUGUUUCCGCCUUUAAAAAAAGUUUUUCUGCAUUUUGAUUAGCAGCCGUAAAUGUUUUUCUGGUAAAUUUUGUUUGCCCAUCCCUUGUGUUGGUAAUUUUUUGUUUGUUUUUAGAAACUUAAAAGAGAAUUAAUACUAGAAUAACAAAAAUAUUUAAUAAUUAUUAAUUAAAAUUUUUGAUUACAAUAUAAUUUAUGCUGCAACACAAAGAUAGAAAUGGAAUAGGAAGUAAACUCAUUUAUAUUGAGUGAUUUCCAUUUAACCAAUAUAUAUUAAAUCUUCUCUUUUUUAAUGAUUUUGUUAUCUCGUGACACAACAGAAAGGGGUAUAAUGGCAGAUAAUUUGGCAGUCAUGACAGUUAUAGGGUUAAAAACACAAACGUGGGAAAAUAUUGGGAAACAACUUUUUGGGGUAAAUUUAGUGUUUAUAAAAGGGACUUAACAAAUUAAAAAACAAUAAAUAAUAACUCUACUUCUAUAAAAGAUAGGAAAAUUAUAUUGGUGUUUUGGAAAGCUAAUAGCUAUCCCUUUAAAGGGAUUUAUCUUUUAUGACAGUCAGACAACAUGAAAAAAUUUCUUUCAAAGUACAAUGCCUGUUUGAAGUAAAAAUUUAUAAUAGUACAUGAUAACUUUUUGUUAAACUCAUUUUGUUGAGUUUUUUAAAUUUAAAUGUUGUCCAAUGAAGUUUGAAGGUGUAAUGAGGAACCAUUGGUGAAAAGAAGCUAGAUUAUUAAUUUAUCACCUGAAAGAGUUGUCUCCAAACAAAACUAAUAUUUCUUCAUUAAGUAGAAUUUAAAUUUUAAAAAAGUAGAAUUGUAAUUGUUAAAUUAUGAUUUUCCACCGUUAGACAUUCUAAGGUACUGGGUAUUAUCUUUAAGCUCUUAAAGAUAUAGUGUUAUAAGUUUACGUAAACAUUAUUUUGUGAAUGUUUGACGUACCUUUAACAAAGUUAACAAAGAUACCUCAUAUUGAUGAUGUUCGCUAUGAAUCUGCAAGUGUUCUUGCACAAGUUUAUACAGAGAAACAGGUAACUAUAAAACAAAAAGACAUUUAAAAAUUUUUCAACUCAGAUGGCUUAAUUAUCUUGUUUUUUGUGAAAUGCAUACAUCUUUCGUCUAAAUCCACUUUGACCAGCUUAAUCAUUGUUUAUGUUAAUUGUGAACUUGGCUGCGGGUGCGCAGAUGGCUGAUGUGGCAGAUUCUGGCAUGAAAUAGAGUGGAACCUUAGUGCUUGUCUUCCUUCAUUUUCUCACAUUUGGCUCCUAACCAUUUUCAUUUAUUCGAAAUAAAGUUUUUUCCAAACCACCCCUGUCCAACAUUAGUUUGGAAAAUUGACUCUUUACUCUAUGUAUAGGACCAUACUUUUGGCAGUGUUGGAUAUGCCAAAUCUUAUUCAAAUAAAAUUUUUAAAAGAUCAUCCUGUUUCAUUUAUACUAUGUUAAUCCCUGCUUAAAAAUUUACUUUUACCACAGCUUUUUUUUUUAAUGAAACAUUUUUAAAAAGCGAAUUUAGAAGACAUUUUUAAAGGCAAAUAAUUUUGUUGAUAUUGAAAAUAACUUUUCAGAACAUGCCCCACAAUGCAAAACCAAUUUUACUCAAGGGUAUUGAUCUGUCUCAGCAGUCUCCUUACUGGCAUUGUCGACUACUUUUUCAGUUAGCUGUAAGUAUCAAUAUAAACACAGUUGGAUUUUAAAAGGAAAAUGUAUCAACUUUUUUAACAUGAUUUAAUUAUGAUCUGCAUAAUUUAAAAAAAAAACAAGAUAUACGUGUCAAUAUAUGUAUAUUUUGAUUUAAUUUUGAAAGGAGGCCUUUGAAAUAAGUAAGCCAACCUAUAAUAUAUUGCAGCAACUUCACACAGCAGAAAAAGACUGGGCUGCUGCUAUGAGUAUAAUGGGACGUGGUGCUGAUUAUGCCCUGGCUGUAAGAUCAGAGUACACAAGGCUUCUCUUCAUGCUCAGCAGAGGCAUGGUAAGGAAAAGUGAAAAAAACCAAGAAAAAAAACCCUUGUUUAUCUGAUAAAUCACUUUAUUCGAAUUCAGUCACAAAUAAAGUUUCAUAUAACAAUCUCUUUCAGGGAACUGAAUUGAAUCAGCAAAGCCUUGCAUUAACUUAAAUGAUUCAUAUCUUUCAGAUUGGACUAAUCAGCAAGAAUAUCCCCUGUGUAAAUGAUGCAAUGACCCAAGCUGGUCAACUAAUAGAGUCCUUUUCAGGUAGUCCUAUACACAGAGAAUACUUAAAAGUGUUUUUCCUUGUCCUUCAAGUUUGUCAUUAUCUCAUGGCUGGUCAGGUGAGCAUUUGGCUGUGCUUUCACUAUUCUUUUAUUAGAGACACAUUUUUCUCCUCAAAUUAUAGUUUGGAAAUAUUGAAUCAUGUAAGCAAUACAACUUUCUAACAAACUUGAAGUUCCAAAAUGAAAAUAUUUAAAAGUAAAGAUCAAAAGUAAAUGGGACCUAAAUCUAAUUUUAAAAAGUUUGGUUAUCUAGUAUAAUAUUAAUUAUUUGCUGAUGGAAUACUUUUGCGUUUAGGUUAAAAGUGUCAAGCCAGUUUUGAAGCAACUCCAACAGAGUAUUCAGACAAUAGCUCACAACCACUCGGAUGAUGGUGAGUAUAACCAUUGCUCUGAUUCAAAAUUAUUUCAAAAUUAUAAUUUUAGCAUCCAUCCUUCACAAAGAGAUGCUGACUUCGCAAGGCCUGGGAUUUUGUUUGGAGAAUAAGCUGGUUCCCUGUCAAUAGAUCCCCCCUCUUCAUAUAUCUGGUGAUCCCAAGGACACAAGUGAAUGUUACAGCUUUGAACCAGGGAUGUUGCAAGAGUUAUUGGAAUUUUCAUUGAAAUGAUGUCUUACUGCUUACGAAAAUCUUCUCUUAGAUGGUUAAAGGGUCCCAUCCACUGCAGGUGCUGGCAUUGUUUUUUCCCUGGGUUUCACUCAGGUUUGAACGCUUCCUGCAAUUUGUUUAUUUAUUGGAACAUGAAUUUUAUUUACAUAAUAUGUGAGGGGGGGGGGGGAACAGUAUUAAAAAAUAAUUUAUUUUCAAACAACAAAUCACAAUUCAUUUUUAAAAAAACUGCAUUAACUAAUGUGGAUCCCAUUCAUUGCAUGGUUUCACUGGACAAAUAUUGUUUGUUUGGCCAACUGGCAUAUAUGGUGAUGUUAACUCUGGCUGGCCGAGUGAUCUAAACUGAGCAAAUCUCAAGUUGGUGGUUAGGAUUUCAAUUCCAGCCAGAGCCCAGUCAAACAAAAACCUCACCAGCACCCCGGGUAGAUAGGACUCUUUAACCUUGGUCGUUAACUCAUCUAAGAGAAGGAAACUCUAAAUUCAAAACCCGGAGAUGGCGUCCCCUACAGGCGGCAAACAUCGAAACAAUGAAUGAUUCCGACAACCCCUGCGACGCCCCGGAUGCCAUCACUGAGAGCGCAUUGAGCAUGCUAAAAUAGCAUGGAUACUUAGCGCUAUACAAGUAUUCAAUCAAUCAAUCAAUAUUCUGAAUCUUAAAAUGCGUAAUGGGUCAUUUUAUUUUAAAUCUGUAAAACUGAAAAUGUUCAGAUGAACAUUGGUUGUUGUUUUUUUUAAAACUUUAAAAUGACUCAUUGUCUUUAGUAAAAUUAUCAUAACUUAACAAGAUUGGUCUAGCUUACCAGAUGACUUUACUGAGUAAUCUGCAACUUAACCCAAUUAAUCAUAUUUAAUUUCAUGGAUAUUAAUAUGUUUAAGAUUUGUCCCAAAUAAGAGUGCUAUUUGAUAAAUAAUGGGCUCUUCCUUAAACCAAACCUGCCCAUUAAAGAAAACAACUUAUAAAAUAUUUUUUUUUAAAUAACUAAAUAUUUACAGUCUAAAAUUAAUUAAAAUAUUGCAGAGCCAGUCGUUUCCAAUGAGGCAGAGAUGUUUCAAUGGUUACCUAAAGAACACAUGUGCAUACUAGUCUAUUUGGUGAGUUGUUGGUAUAUCAAGUCAUAUUUAUUAAGGUUCUUUAAGAGUAAAGAAAGAUUCAAUAUAAUAUAUGCUUAAACUGAAAUAGCUUUUGGGAUUGACUCUUUACAUUCCUUAAAUUUUUCUUUUUUGUCUCGAGAUUUCUACAGACCUUACAAAAGAGUCAAUAACUUUUAGAAUCCAUGUCUUAAGUUGAUGAUGUUAUAUAUAUAUAUGUGGGUAAAUUCAUGAGGCUUCUAGAAAUGUUUGUUUCCAUGCAUAUAAAUUCAAGUAAAAAAAACAGUGCAUAUUUUUUUUCUGAAAAUAUGUAAUAAAUUGUUGUCGUGUUCAGAUGCAAAGAUGGAAAAACAAAAAACCUGCAAUUAUUGAAUUAAAUCUGAUUAUUCCGAAAGAAAAUUCAUUUUUGUAUGUCAUAUGAAGAAAUUAGAACAUUUUAAUUAGUCAAAAAGGGGAAAUGAAAAACAAAUUAAUUCAUUCCCCAAUUGUAAUAUUGGUGAAUUUUUUUCAUUCACUACCUUCAAAAUUAUCUUACAAAUUACAAGACGGAAGGUACAAAAUGUAUCAACUCAAGUCCUUUUUCAUAGUAAAUGGAACUUUAAUAUCUAAUUAGCUUUACAGACUGUUAAUUUCAUAUACACAUAAAUAGCACAGUUCACUGUCAGACAGAAAUAAAACACAACCUCCUUUAACAAAGUUCCUUUCAAGAUUGCCGCACAACUAAAACGUAUGUCACAAAACAGACUAGACAAAUUCGUCAUAACAAGCAUAACAAUAUGUCACCAAGUCAAGCGUGGGAAGAGCGCUCACUAACUAAUUAAUCUCUCAAACACACAUUGCACAUAAUCAAACAUAAUAUCAAGUUAUUAUUUAACUCCCAUACUGGACACUCUCCAGCAUUAGUCAUUAUGGCCAAUGGCAGUUAAAAAAAAUUGAGCAAAUUGACACACGAUUAAUCACAAAAAAGUUCCUGAUAAAAGCACAUUAACACACAUAUAGAAAUGUAAACAGGAAGCAAACUCAUUUAUAUAGAGUGAUUUCCUCUUUAAUGAGGAUUUUGCUAACAAAGGUAAGAUUCACAUGUGCUACUUUUGAUUGUGGAUUUUUAAUAAUUUUUCUUUACAUUCCUAAUUUAUAGCUCACUGUACAAUUUCUUUUUAAAUCUGUGCAUUCAGAAACUAUUGUGUUUGUUUUGUAUUUUGUCAUAUUUACAUUUAAGGCACUUGGAAGACUAUCAGUUGUAGUAAAUCACCUGCCUAAUGCUCAAAUAAUUUCCCCAGUAAAGUCAUUUUAGAGUUUCAGUACAUUUAUGUCAGGAUUUUCUUUUCAACAAUCCUGAAGAGAAUGUAGCUGGCAAUAUCAAGAAAAUGGAAGAAAUGAUAUGUCCAUUAUCAAAUUGUAAACACCACACAUUAAUGAAUUGUAUGAUUUGACAAUAUUUGGUUGUCUCACCAAUAAUUACCUAAAUACACCAUCAGUUUUGGUUCUGUUUACAAAAGAAAAUCCAUUUGCUUUCAUACAAUUUGAAAUAAGAGUGCCUGUUUUAUUAUCUCUCCACUGAACAGUUAUAAGCUCAUUAUCUCUUAUCCACCACAUAUCAUCUUGAUAAUUUUCUUCUGAUAAAGUCAGACAACAAAUUCACUUUGCACAGUUUGUCUUUAUUGUCAGUUUCAAUAAUAGAAACUUUGAAAAAUGUCAUAAUUUGAAUACAUCCGUUUUUGGAUAUAAAUAUAAGGCAUUAGCUGAAAAUUCAUGGCAGAUUGUUGAAGUUGACCAGUAUUUUUGUACACUUGGGACCUAUACACUUGCAAUGUAGAUUAGUGGUACUAAAAAUGUGUCAAAUAUAUCUUUUGAAAUAUUAACCAGCCUCUGUUGAUGGGAGGUUUAAUAGGUCCCAUGAUAGAUAAAUAGAUGGUGUAUUUUACAAAUUUUUCAACCAAAUAGAGUGUGAAAAAAUCUUGAAAAAAAUUUAGGAUGAAUAUAAACUGGCUUACUGUAUCCUUAUUGACAUUUCUUCCCUCAGGUGUAAACCUGGCUUUCUCGCUGGAAGAAACUUAGGAGUGGGAACUGGUGGGUCAUCACAACUAAUAUUUUAAAUAUCACUUUUAAGGGUGAAAAGAAUAAAAAGUACAUAGACCUAUGCCUACUUAUACUUCACUUGAAUUUCCAGUUUCAUGGCUCUUAAAAUUGUGUAAAUACCAUAAUGGCUCUAAAAUAUCAUUGAAUAUUUUAAUUUACAACACCCAAAAAGGUCAAAUUUCAUGAUUUUUAGGAUGAAAUAAUGUAUCAUCAUUGGUUAGCUCCAAAUGCAUUAUUUACAUUCUUUAGCAAAAGUCACUAAGAAUAACUACUUCACUAUAAUAAAUAUUCACAUGCAUUUUAAGAAAUUUCAUUUUAAAAUGGCUAGUAAAUAUUUUAAUAUGCUUUUAAAAAAAAUUAAACCGAUAUUUGUAUAAAAAUUAUAAUAAAACUAAAAAAACAACAACAUAGAAUGAUGAAACACUUGAAAACUAACCUUCUGGUAUUCACUACUUAAAUGGGCUGCAAUGAUUUUCAUCAAUAUAGGAAUCUGAAUUAUUUGAUUCUAGUUAGUUCUCAAUUAUCUUCCUCUGAAUCAAUCGAUUCUCAAAUUAUCUGCCUCAGAAUCACUUGAAUCUGGUUCUCAACUACCUUCCUCAGAAGAUUCGUAUAUAAUUUGAUACAUAUUUUCACCAGUAACAAUGAUUUUCAUGACUACAUUGCGAUGUCUAUUAGUCUCUAACAAAAAUGUGUCUUAGAUUGCACUCCUCCCUUUGGCAUGUCACAUGUUUCUUGAACUUAAAAAUCAAAUAAAAAUAUUAAAAUUUUACAAUUAUUUUUUUUUCUUUUCCAAUUGUACUAUGAGAGUUAAAAAUUAUGUAGCUUUAGUUCAGGAUCCUCUUUUCAACAAUCCUGAAGAGAUUAAAGCUGGCAAUAUCAAGAAAAUGGAAGAAAUGACAUCACAGAAUAAUAAAAAAGACAUUUUCUGAGCGAAUAACCUGCGUAUAUAACAUCACACUCUCUGUAUAAGAGGAAUGAAAAGAGUUAAUGAGAAGUUUUGCUUAAUGAUUUAAGUUUUUUUUUUUUUGCUUCAAUAAUAUUUACUGAUAUAUUUCUGUAACUACGUGGCUUGGUUAGAUAUUAAAUAGUAAAAUGUCAAUUUUGUUUCCUUACUACUUGUUACAGGUGACAGUGAUGCACUCUAUGCAGGCAGGUUACAUGGACAAAGCCCAAAAAUAUACUGAUAAGGCUUUGAUGCAAAUAGAGAAGCUUAAAUGUGAGUAACUUUGAAAGUUUGAACAGGCUUCAUCUUUUCUUAAUAUUCAAUAUUUCAUUAAAAAAUUGUUAGCCCUCAUCCAGACGAGGUGAGUUUUCUUUUCCAUACACAAAAAAGUAAAAAAGCUUUAAUAUCAAAUGUAUUUUUUAAAUUGAAAGAUUACUAUAAGCUCACUAUACUGAAUGUGCAUUCUUUUCCAUGUCUCAAUUUAUUGCAGUUAUGGACAGCAAUCCCCUUCUUUCAUCUUUUCAACUGAUGCUUCUGGAACACAUUAUCAUGUGUCGUCUCAUUAUGGGAAACAAAUCCAAUGCUAUCCAUGAGGUAAACAUAAAUUACCCAAUGCUGCAUUGUAUGACUUCAUGCUAUUGAGAUUUCAUAAUUUGGUUUUAGAUAAUUUGGGGACUUUCUCUUUCUUUCAUUUGAACAAAUUACUUUUUUUCUCUUUCUGUUGGAUUUUAUUACCAUAGAUGUGCAUUAACUGCUUGGUGGUGACCAUUAAAGAAUUUUCAUUACUGAGAUCUCUUUUUACAAACCAUUUUACCUAAAAGAUCUUUAAUCUUAAAAGCAUUGACAUUUUGGCUGUUAGCCUUACAUUUACUGAUUGUUUUGAAAAUCAUACUGUUCCAAUCUUUUAUUACUCAUUAAUAACCUUAUGCAUAAAUGGUAACAAUUGACGGAUUAAAAAACAGAAUUUGCUCAUUAAUACAAUUGAGAUUUAAAGAUACACACAGGAAAAAUAUUUGAACAAGCACACAUUUGCCAAUUUUUAUCAAUGAUUACAUUUAAAAUAUUAUAACACUUUUUUUUUAUCAACAGAUAUUUCAAGCUUGUCAUGUUUGUCAACAACAGCCAAGAUUAUUUACAACUCAUGGUUCCCAGAUACACACUUUAAUUGUAAGAGCCUUGCUCUACAACUUUUACUGUACAAGUUAACUUCUCAACAUCUCAAAGGCCCUCAGAACUGUUCGGCUGCAGUUCAAGACAUUGCAAUUACUCAGUUAUCUUAAUCAAAUAUUAUUCACCAGUUGUUUUAAGUAAAACAAUUUCAUAGAUUAAAGUUCAGUAUUUAAAUCAACCAAUCACUUCUAUGUUUAUUGCAAUAAUAAUUGUUAUUUUUAUAUUCUAGGGCCUGUAUGCAAUGUCAAUGAAUUGUAUGGAGGCAGCAGAAGCACAGUUUAAAACUGCUCUAAAGGUAUUUUUCUUGCUGCCAUUUUACAAGAUCUUAGUGUUUGACCAAACUUAGUACUCAAUCUUAACUUCACCAAUGAUAGUAAUUGUCAUAACAAUAUUUAUAAUAACUUUAUCUCAACUUUUCCUUUCAACCAGAUGGCUGGUGGUGUGGAGUUGAUUAACUUUAUCAACUUGAACUUGGCCAUUGUCUACUUACGAACAAAUCGUCACCCGCAGCUGAUGGGACUUUUGGAUUCAAUAAAUCCAGAAACAAUACCAACAGCGUGAGCAUGACUUAAUAUUUAAACAUUAUCACCAUUCUUCUAUUAUACACAAACCAUUUAUUAAAUACUUUUUGAAUGGUCCUUAAUCUAUAAUUAACUAUCAUUUUAAAAUCAUCAGGUCCCACACAUUAAAAGCAGCAUCCUAUUAUGUAAAAGGUUUGCAGUUUUUCUUCCAAGCAAAUUUCUCUGAUGCCAAGUAAGUUGAAUUAAUUUCUGAUGUAUAUCUUUUUUCUUAAAAACAAGUCAUAAAUAUCUGUUUGAACUUCUUUCACACUUUAUUAGUAAAAUGUUUUUAUUUUUUGUGUUACUUUUAUUUCUUAUCUUUGUGAUGCCACCACAAUCUAAUACAGGGGCUCUCAACCUGUGGGUCGCGACCCCUUUGGGGGUGGCAUGACCCUUUCACUGGGGUCGCCUAAGACCAUCUGAAAACACAUAUACUCUACAGUUAUAAAGUAUCAACGAAAAUAAUAUUGUGGUUGGGGGUCGCACAACAUGAGGAACUGUAUUAAAGGGUCGUGACAUUAGAAAGGUUGUGAACCACAGAUCUAAUACAUGCACAAGUCCACAUUAUUUUAAAACUUAGGGUAUUAUUACAAAUUUUAAAAUUAUUUGAGGCCAUCCAUUUCUUUUUUUUCCUGAUAUAAGACUAUUAUUUUACCACAGAAUGAAAAUCAUUGCAGAUUAUUUUAAUAUUUUUAAUUUAGACGCUGCUUGCGUGAAACUCUAAAAAUGGCCAAUGCUGAAGACUUAAAUCGUCUAACUUCAUGUUCACUUGUACUUCUUGGUCAUAUCUUCCUUUCUUUGGGAAACACUCAGGUGGGUAUGAAUCAGGUAAAAAAUUAAAAUUUUGUUUAAGCACUUUUAUCCACAAGAUGCUGAGCAGCGACAACUGAUUUUAACCUUUAUAUCCACAAAACACAGAUUGGUGUCUACAUAACAUGGCAAAAAGAAAAAUGUAUGAAUCAUCUUCCCUUAGCUUAGUAGACAUUCUAAGAUGUUUAUAUUCUUCCCAAAAGUCUUAAUCACAACUUUUAAAUGAAAAUGACUUAAGUCCAAUUUUUGUCAAAUUUUUAGUUUUGUUUACUCCAAUCAACAGUAAUUUUGUCAAUAAGUGGACUCAGAUGAUGAAUUUGAUACCAAUUUAGAUGUAUUUAUAUAUAAUUCAUUAGUUAAUUUUGCUAGCUGUAUUAAUACAGAUUCCUGUAAUGAAAAUAACAAAUUGAAAUCAAUAUUGCCAGUCUUGAAAAAAAAAUUAAGUUAUUUUCUUAUAACCUUAUUUUGACCAUAACUGGGGGAAAAGUCAUGUGGAUAGAAGUGCUUUUUUACUUAAUGACUGAGAUAUGUGAAUAUAAAAUGUUAAUACCUGUACUUUCAAUGGUCUUUAAAAAUGUGUAUGUAUCUUAUUGCUGAUUUUCAUUUAAGUUCUUUGAAUUGCUUCCAUUAUCUAUUUCAUUUUGAGCAACAUAUAAUAUUGGCAAUAAUUAAUGUAAUCAGAAGUUUUAGUAGCAACAAUUUUUAAGAACAGCAAUCUCAGGGAAAUUUUAGUCAUCUACUUGAUAAAGGAAAAAAUAAGCACUUCUUUAAUUUGAUUAAGGUAAGUAGCUUGAUGUUGAACCCACUGCAGAUAACAAUGAGUUUCUUUAUUCAUCUGCUGCUUUGAAAUUUUGACAUUAAUAAAUAAAGAUAUUUAAAUUCAAGAAUCUGUUAAUGAUAUAACUUAUUUGCAUCAACAGGAAGCUAUGAAUCUAGUGACACCAGCAAUGCAGCUAGCAGGGAAAAUCCCUGAUGUCCAUGUACAGUUAUGGGCUUCAUCUCUUCUCAAAGGUAAUUCACCAAUUAUUUUAGGGUUAAAUGACAUAGAUAAACUUUUAAUUUCGCUGUCUUUAGAAAUAUAAAAAAAAAUGGCAAAAUUCUCCUAUCUGAUGUGUGGGCAAUAUUAUGUAUUUCCUUUUAUUAUCCAGAUGUUAAAGUUUUCACUCCCAAGCAAGUAUUGAUAAUAAUUAAAGACAUUAAGACAUUUUGCAACUAUUAAAAAUGGCCUUUGACACCAGAUACUAAUUUUGCUACAUUUUAAACAUUUUUUUAUGGGCGUUUAAAUCUCUUCUUAGAUCUUUAUCGACAAUGUGGCGACACUGCAAAUGAGGCUGAAGGUUAUCGUAUGCACACAAGUUUUUCACAGGCACUGCUGAAAGACCAUUUUCAAUCUUCUCAAAUGCCAGAGCAUGGUAUAAUUCAGGUAUAUUUAUAUAUAUAUAUAUAUAUAUAUACUUCUUGUAUAUUUCUUGUUUAUUCUUCUGACAUAUUUCUGCUUAAUUCUUUGUACAACUUUUUGAAAGAAACUUUUUCAUUUGCCAUUGUGUAUGCUUAUUUUAAUUGUGUAUUUUUGAGUCUAUGGGAGAUAUAAAUUUUUUACUUCUUUCAAUUGAUAAAUUGCCUUUGGAUUUUCUUUUCUUCUUUUCAAAUAAUAUUUCCAAUGCUUUUAGGUAAGUGCAGCAGUUUUAAACCUAUUUUAUUUUGCAGCACACUUGAAAUUAACAGCCAAAACUCAUUUACACGCAAUACUAGUACUUAUAAAUGAAAUGACAAAGCCACUUAUAAACAUAACUACAUCUAUAUUAGACGGACUAUAUUAUAGGUUCCAAAUGACCAGAUAUCACACAAUUACUGAUAGAUAGUGCAAUUUCCCCAAAUGUUCUUGAAAUCAGUUUCUUUCCUUUAUUUCAAAAUUAUCGCUUCAAAACAAGUGGGCAAUUUUUUAAUGAAAGUAUAAACAUUUUUAUUUUAGAUCACAUCGGUUCUAAGUGAAUUAAGUGUAAUAUAAUAAUACACCCAUUUAUCUCAAAAUUGUUUUUUAUUAUUUUUUUCCAGUGGACAGAUGGAGCUUGCCCUUUUCACUUGAGCAGCUCAGCGUCGACAUCAAGUGCAAUGUUAUAAUUAACUUUCUUGAUCCCCAACUGAAUGUUUGCAAGCUUAGUCCAUUCAAACCUUUAUAAGCUAAAAGAAAAAGUGUUUUUGUAGGACCUGCCAUUCAUUUGAUGCCACAAUAUAUAAGUUGAUUUAAAUGUACAAAUCUGAAAGAAUCUCCUAAAAUCUAUUUAAAAAAUAUUAUUAGCAUUUCAAAAAGUACAUAUUUGAUAUUGUUCAAUCAAUAAUUAGCACCGAGAGUUCUUUUAGAAUGGGAAAUUGCAUUUCGACAUGCCAUUAUUUAAAAUGUGCAUAAUGUAUUUUUAAAUUUCCAGGUAAAUUAGUGUUGAAUUUUAUAGAAUUUAAAUUUCUUAAUUUCAGUGGUUAGGGCAUAAAAAAACUAAUGCAGUUAAGAUGUCCAUUUUUUUCAAUUGAGUUGCUUGCAAUUCAAUUUAAUUGAACUUUCUUAUGGAAAAAAAAGCAUUUUAAGUACCUGGUAACCAUAGUUAGAUACACAUACUCAUUCAAAAUUAUUUGUCCUUACAAAAAAUAUAUAAUUGAUAUUAUAAUUGUUUUCCUUUAAAGCAUUUAAAGGAAAGGUGUUUCUUUCAGUUUUCCUACUAGUAUAAUGCAGUUUUAGAUUCCCUAGUUGUGUUUUUGCAUUCAGAUUCGUUUCAAUUUUAAAUGCUAUCAUGCUAUUUUUAAAUCUGGAAGGUAAAUCUGAAAACAAAUGGCUUGACAGGGGACAUGAUUUUGAAGGCCCUAGGAGGGUAACUAAAUAGGUCUUAGUGGGUAAAUUAAUUCAUUUUCUUAUUUCAUCUAAAAUGAUUCCUAAAAGAUCCCUUGAAUAAGUUUUUUUUUUUUAAUGUAUCCCAUUGCAUCAAUUUAUUUAUUUCUGGUUGUCAGCAAAUUACAAAUUAGAACAACAAUAUUAAGAAUAAGAAAGGUUUUAAGAAGGCAGCAAUUUAAUGUACAGAAUUACUAAAUGUUAAAAAAGGUGAAUAUUUUUACUGAAUUGUUAAACAUUGAUAUAUGGAUGAGUGAGAUACAAAACAAAUUCAUACUAAAUAUUUUCAAAUGUAUGUGUCCAUUUCUGAGAAAUUUUGUAAAAUAUUGUUGUUUGUACCCUAAUACAUUUCAUUGGUGAAAAGUAACUUUCAUUGAUCUUUACUUAUGUAAAGCUACUAGAGUAAACUUGUAAAAAUUUAAAGCAUAUAAUUAUAACAAAGGAAUGUAUAGUAGCUGUUGUAAAUUAGGAAUUGUGUGCAUAAAAUAGUUCACUAUGGGUGCUGUGCAUCCAAAUAACUUGUCAUGCAUUUUACAAUUUUAGCAUUAGAGCAAGGGAAAAAAAAUGCUUUUCAUUUUCAAUAAAGAUUCCAUUCACUUAGUAAAGUCAGGAUAGAAAAUGAAUUUGAUAAUGUCAAAUUCCUUUAGGUUUCAUAUAAGGUUUUAAAUCACACACAUUUUUUAAACAUUUUGUUUUUGUAUGAGUAUGAUUUUUGUAAAGACUAGAAAUAUUUUGCAUUGAUGUCCACAUUUAAUUUUGACAUUUUUAAUGUUAAGUAAAAAAAAAUUAGGUUUGAUGUUUGUGAAUUUAUGAAGGUUAAUUAAAAAAAAAUAAUAAUUGAAUGUACAUACCAUAGUCAUCUUCCCCCUUUAACUUUA